UUUAGUAGUGAAGAUCCAAUCUGGGCCCAGUGGUGAUCCAGCCGAUGAGAUUGGUCUCUGUAUGUAUGGCCGUUUGCUUGAGGGUAUAAUAGGAAGAAAUGCCUUUACACGAGCAGCUGGUUGGGGUGUGGAAGAAGCUUCAAGCUCAGUCGCUUUCGCACAGGGACAGAACUUCGAAAUGACCAUCCUCUGUGAUCCAAUGUGUUUCAAGAUUGCCUUGAAUCAGCAACAUUUUGCUGAAUUCAGCCAUCGUACCAACCCAGCCACAAUGAAUUACAUCAAUGUUGCCUCCUCAAGCCAAGAUAUCACUCUUGCCUGUGUCUGGAUUGAGGACUCGGCUCCUCCACCUCCUGUGCAGCCUCCUUAUGGUGCUCCUGGUGCUGGUGGUCCAUAUCCUCCACAGCCUAACUAUGGGCCUCCUCCACCUUACUCAGGAGGUCCUGGCUAUGCUCCUCCAAUGUAUCCUAACCAGCCCUAUCAGCAAGCAGCACCUCCUGGUCAAUAUGGGUCACCCCAGCACCAUGGGUCAGGAAGUGGUGGUGCCAAAGGAUUAUUGGGUAUGGCAGCAGGGGCAGGGACAGCCCUUGCAGGGGCCCUUGGAGCAUCACAUUUAAUUGGGAAAUCCAAGGGUGGAUACCCAGGUGGAGGAUACGCAGGUGGAGGAUACCCAGGUGGAGGAUACCCAGGUGGAGGAUACCCUGGCCAUGGGGGCUCCCAUGGGGGAGGAAUUCUGAACAAGGCCUUGGGUGUUGGAGGAGCUCUUGCAGGAGCCAAAAUGCUCUCAAAGCCAAGUAAAGCCAUGAAAUAUGGAGUGCCACUGGCUGGCCUGGGAGCCCUUGCUGGAGGAGGGUACAUGGUGCACAAAGGCUUCCAUCAUGGGUCUUCCUCCUCUUCAGGCUCCAGUGAAGAAGAGUGAACUGUUGAUUUGCUUAGUGGUGGGUUAUGGUGUCUGUGACUGAAUAUUUGGCCAGUUUUACUUUAUACAAUCUUUUAUUCUUUUUUGUCAUACAUAAUCCUAGCAUAGCAUAUUAAUGAUAUCUGUUGUAAAGUAAAUUUUGAACCUCACAAGUCAGGCAGUCACUGGCCCAGCACUUUUAAUGUAUCAGUGCAGUGAUUUGAAUCUGGCAGUCAUUAGUUUGCAUGACCAUCGCUCAGCCAGUUUUGGCACUACCACCCCUAUCACAGCUUCCUUAUAGAGGCUGAAGCUAUUGUAUUGCCUUGGAUUACCAAUAUUUUACCUCAAGUUAUCUGUAAUAUGCUUCAGUAUGUGUAUUUUGUCUUUUAUAUCCUAAUCCUCACUUGGUUCCAAACUUCCCAGACAGGUGAGGUUCAACCUGUAAUAUGGAAUUGGUAAUGUUUAGUACACAUUGCACAUUCUGAGUUAUAUUUUGUUGGAAUGCUUCAUAGGUACAUACAUAUAUACACACAUAGAUAUCUAUAUUUUUAAAAUUAUAUAAAUAACCUAUUAAUCGUUUGAAAAUCUCAUAUGAAUAAUUUUUUGUAUAUGGGAACUUUUAUUUUGGGUUAUUUAGGAAUGUUAACACAGUAUUAAGUGCAUAGCUAAGAGACUGUUUUAUGAAAUAACAUUGGUUACCUAUUGUUGUAUAAUUCAAAAUUAUAAGUAAAGAUAUUCUGUAUUCCAUAUAACAUUUAACCCAUUGGUGCCAGGUACAUGCACUGUCUGUGCACUCUAGAUUUCUUUUGUGAAUGUUGUUUACACAUAGGUGGCUCCAUAGGUGUCUAAUCACCAUGCCAGAUUAGCCCAUUCCAAGUUUUUUUUCUAUUUUUCUUUUCUUUUCCAAUGAUAAUAUUACUAUUAUUAUUAUCUAACAUAUUUUCGAAAAUCAAGGAAAAUGGUAAACAAAAGAGAGGUAGUACUCAUAAUUGGCUCAUUGGUGACUUAGUACAAGUGGAGCCAUCUGUUUAUAAAAACAAUUAAUAAAGUAAACUCACUGUGGGCAUGGCAUGUACGUACAUGCCAUGCCCGUCAGUUUUGGGUUAAUUAAGAUGUAUUAAAAGUAUUAGUAAACUCCACAUUCUGACACAA